AUGAGUACUGAAAUUAGAAAAAUCGUUUCAACUGAUAUCCUUCCAGUCAUUUACAAGUACUUGAAUCAAAUCGGACUUGAAUCUGUUGCUAAAAAGCUUUAGAAAAAAUCAGGCUUAGACUUAGAAAAUUCUGACUCUCCUUUAGUUGAAAAAAAAUUGUAGAAGAUUAUUAAGUUUUAUGUUACCAACCACAAGCAUAUGAUUUAAAAGUUUAUUGCCAAAGAAGAAGAAUCUGAAAAUGAAUCAGAAUCUGAUAGCGAAAUUAAAGCCAAAAAAAAUAAGAAGUAAGAAAAGCUAAAUAAAAAGAGAAAGAACGAAAAGAAGGAAGUUUCAGAUGAUGAAGAAGAAGAAAAGAAUGAUAGUGGUAAUGAAACCCCUGUUAUUAAAAAAACCAAAAAGAACAAAAAGGAAGAGUCUGAUGAUGAAGAAGAAGAUAAGCCUGUUGUUAAAAAAUAAAUUAUUCCAGAAUUAUUGGAAGAAGAAGAGUUAUAACCUGGUCAAAGAAAAUAUUUCUAAAAAUGUGAUGAUAGAAUGUUCAAAUAUUUGAAGCCAGAAUAAUAAGAUUUCUCUCAUGAAUCUAAAUUAAGAUUUGGAGUUGCAGGAGAUGCUUUCGGUGAUAUUGGUAAUGAAAAGCUUAAAGAAACCAAAGGAAAAGGAUUUAGAAAGGCUAAGGAUAAAUUAAAAAAUAAGAACUUUUGUGGAGGUGACGGUUAAAUAAAUGUUAAUCAAAUUAACUCUAUUCCUAUAUUAUGA